AUGGCUCUGCAAACAAAUGAGAAGUGCACCGUUGAAUCCAAAGAGGAAGAAGAAGUUCAAUCAUGCGACCAAACGAAGACUUCCACCGUCAGAGAUUUAAGCCAGGAGGAGCUGGACAGACUGAGCAGUGAGCGGACUCUUGUGUCCGAGUUCAAACAGAUGAAGUUGGAGAAAGAAGCUCAAAAAAACUGGGACUUGUUUUACAAAAGAAACACGACGAAUUUCUUUAAGGACAGACACUGGACCACCAGAGAAUUUGACGAGCUCAGAGCAUGUCGAGAGUUUGAGUCCCAGAAGCUGGUUCUGCUGGAGGCUGGCUGUGGGGUUGGAAACUGCAUCUUCCCUUUACUGGAGGAUGACCUCAACAUCUUUGUUUACGCCUGCGAUUUCUCACCCCGGGCUGUUGAAUUUGUCAAAAAAAAUCCUCUUUACUGCCCUGAGCGCUGCUGUGCCUUCCAGUGUGACUUAACGAAAGACGAUUUGCUGGAAAAUGUGCCAGAAAACAACGUGGAUGUUGUCACUCUCAUAUUUGUUCUGUCAGCUGUCCAUCCUGAUAAGAUGAAGCUGGCUUUGGAGAAUGUCGGCAAGGUGCUGAAGCCUGGUGGUAUAAUCCUGUUCAGAGAUUAUGGCCUGUAUGACCAUGCCAUGCUUCGGUUUAAAGCUGGCAGCAAGCUGGGAGAAAACUUCUACGUUCGCCAGGAUGGAACAAGGUCUUACUUCUUUUCUAAAGAGUUUCUGGCCAAGCUGUUUGAGGAGGUAGGCUUUGAAUCUGUAGCCAACGAGUACGUCUUGAGGGAAACGGUCAACAAGAAGGAGGGUCUUUGUGUUCCGAGGGUCUUCCUACAGAGCAAGUUCGUCAAGAGAUCCUGAUGUCAUUUGAGCUUUACUUUUCAGCUCCCGUGUUUGUAAAGAUGUGAGACGACAGAAGACUGAGCUGCGACUGGAUGACUGAAAAUUUCAAUUCUAAAUCAAAAAGAAAAAAAUUGUAUAGGUCUUCUGGACGGGUUCUUCUCUAA